GUUAGGAUUUUGCUGAUAAUGCAAUCAUUCAAAGCAGAAUUCACUUCAAUGUUUCAUGAAUGAAUUUUAGCUCAGCUGAUCAAUUACAUUUAAUAUUAAUUGACUUAUGACCGAUUAACUAACAAUUGUAAAUUGCAAAAAAUUAAAGGUUUAUUGAGAUGAGGCAGCGCCAUCUUGAGAGAUGCAAAGUAGUUCAUUAAAAAAGAAAUCUUGUGCUGACAUCUGUUGAUCUGUUUUCAUCAGUAUAGCUUUUUUUUCAUCUUUCCUCAUCUUUGUCUGUGAAGAUUAAACAAGAUUUUUUUCCGCUAUUUUUAUUUCUGUUCGAUCUUUAUUCAUCAUGGGAGUUGAUUUGAGUGGUAACAACAAGCCCUGGGAGUUAAGUUUAUAUGAACUUAAUAGGAAACCUCAGCCGUUAAUCACUGAUGACACCGAGAUCGCCGUGAAACCCAGGAGCUUACAAAGUGAACUGAUGUGUCCAAUUUGUUUGGAUAUGUUGAAAAACACUAUGACAACAAAAGAGUGUUUACACAGAUUUUGUAAUGAGUGUAUAUGUACUGCUUUGAGAAGUGGUAACAAAGAAUGUCCUACCUGUCGGAAAAAGCUCGUCUCAAGACGAUCACUUCGAGCUGAUCCCAAUUUUGAUAUGCUGAUAUCGAAAAUAUAUCCCAGUCGUGAAGAAUACGAGAAACACCAAGAAAUGAUUAAUUCCAGACUUGGAAGAUCAAUUGGGAUCGAAGAAAAUGGACAGCCGACAAGAAAAAAUAGUCUUGGCAGGAAAAGUAAUGGUGUUAAUCAUUAUCAAGAUACUACCAACGCAGAUACUACAGAAGCAGAAAGCUGUGCUUCGAGCACAUCUUAUCAGGACAACAAUCAACAAGAAGUUGAAUUGGUAUUCAAACCACUGACUCAAGAUGUCGAUAACCCGGAAAACAGCAGCUUAAUUCACACUCGUUUUCUCAAAACAACAACAAAUGCCACUGUCGACCACCUGAUUAAGUAUCUUUCAAUGCGUCAUUUCCUGGAAACUAAUCCAAAUAAUUGUGAAAAUAAUCAAGAUUUAAAAGAUACCGAAACAUCUCUAUUUACAAUUUACAAAGCAACUGGGCCUGGUGAAUAUCGCCCCCUGCAAGGCCAAUCAACAUUAGAUGAAAUCAAGCAAAAGUUUUGGAAGAGCGAUAAACCUUUGGAACUCUAUUAUGGAUAUAACGUUUUAACACAAUGAUUUAUUUACCAAACCUGAUGAAAAUCAUCAUUUAAACUCUUUGCAGUUCCAAAUUUAUUUAUGUACAACAAAAAUAAACGAUCAAGCAACAACUUAGUUUGAAUGUUAGCAAACA